AUGGUCCUCAACACGCUCACCGUCACCGCGGCUAUAACCCCGACAAUUGCAUCAACAUACGUAAAUCACUAUGCACGCCGCAGAUCGCUCAAGAGGAAGCCGACUAUCCAUAUUUCCUACCAUCUAGGGUUGGAAUUAGUCCGUCGAUUCAUCACUUACUCGUCUAAACAUACGGUUGAGGAAAUUCAAUCCUUCACUGCCCAGUGGGUUCCAGUUCCACGAUGGGUACGCUCAGAAGAGGUGGAGAUAUCCGAGACGUUGCUUUCCGAAUCCGCCGAGUUGCUGCAACGUCAACUCGGACCCAAAGGGAUCCAACUUGUGGGCGGUGCACACUGGUGGCAAUGGCGUAGGCCCAAAACCCAAUUCAAGGCCGAAUGGAUUGAGAUGCGGAAUGAUUACAAUGAACGAAAAGCAUCCGGGGUGGCUCUAAGCCGCAUCAUCCUCUACGUUCACGGCGGCGCCUACUAUUUCGGAAGCGUGGAUGAGCACCGCUAUCAGAUGCAACGGCAUGCUCGUAAAUUGAAUGCGCGUCUUCUGGCUCCUCGGUAUCGACUCGCUCCGCAAUUCCCAUUCCCUUGUGGUCUACAAGACUGCAUUGCUGCUUAUUUGUACUUGCUUGAGUCUCACAAGCCCGAGCAUAUCAUACUGGCUGGGGACAGCGCAGGAGGAGGAUUGACCCUUGGUGCUCUUGUCACUUUGCGGGACCAGGGUAUUCCGUUGCCCGCAGGAGCGAUACUGCUAAGUCCGUGGACAGACUUGACAUGUUCGUUCCCUAGCAUGGUAUGCGACAAUCAGAUGGACUACAUCCCGACCUCUGGCUUUGUCCACAAGCCCAGCUUAGCGUGGCCGCCUCUGAACUACGAGGAUUUCGGGAAACUUCUGGCUUCUUCCAAGACCACGCCACCGGAAGGCUACAUGACUCCAGAGGCAGCAAAGAUCACGCUCGACGGUCAUCUCACUGAUUUGCUCGAGCAAGUGCAGUUGUAUGCACCAAAUCAUCUUCUCCUGCAUCCGCUGGUCAGUCCCAUCUUCCAACCAACACUCGGCGGUCUACCCCCUCUCCUCAUCCAAACAGGUGGAGGCGAACUGUUACGUGAUGAGCAAAUAUACCUGGCGCACAAGGCAGCAAACCCCUCAGCAUUCAAGUUAUCCAUUAAGCAUCAAGACAGGCAAGGAGUUACGGAAACGAUCGACGGCCUAGUGGCAAAAUAUCCCCCCACCAACGUCCAUUUGCAAGUCUGGGAUGACCUGUGUCAUGUCGGUCAUACUCUAUCUUGGACGCAGCCUGCUAAGUAUAUGUACCGAAGUGUUGCGCAAUUCGGAGCUUGGGCACUCGCGCGAGCACAACACCGGGCGAUCGAUAUCAUCGUCGACGACUGUAUUAGCGAGGCUGAAUCCUCCACCGAGUCCGAAGAUUCGAAGCAAUCCAAGCCACCCACACUGCCCCCUAUCGCACCUCUCAACGUGGGGCCUGCCAAUUCAGUUGGCAAAGCCGGCGAUCCUUUACCGGCCUUUGAGUCCUACAUGAUCCGCCAACGGGUCGACCGCCACGGCAAUAUCUACCCUCUUCCGCCCGCCGACCAACUCAGUGCCUUCACCCUGGACCCAGAUGAAAUCGGCGUCUUCAAGGAAGGACCCCUGAGGAACUGGUUCGUUUCCAAGGAGAAGGCCGACAAGAAGUUUCGCCACGAGGCGGCAAGAUGGAGAGACCGGCGUUUCAGUGUCGGCUGGGAGGGGUUCCAUGGUCCGGAGGGCAUAGAAGUUCCGCCGCCCACUGCGCUUGCAGGCAGGCAAAGUGACUUGGUAGAAGAAGGAAGUUGGCUACGGAGGCAAGCGAGAAAGAGCUUGGGGAUGACGGUGUGGGCUAGCUGGGCCGGGAAGCAUGAUAAGGCUCGGGUAUGUGACGUUCUUUACUCGAACCACGCUAUACCCAACCGGCGCUGA